UACUGUGUGAUUUCGGUGUAAGUCCUGAAGAAAGCAUUCGUCCUGGAUCCCCACGCGAGCAAGCUGAGCGCUAUAGUUGGACCCCAAAAUGCGCACGUGCUCCCAGUGGAGGACGGGCAGCUAGAGCGGGCUUCCAUGAGGUUCUUCCGGAAGAAGAUGAGCCUCCUCUAUACGGCCACCUACCGGUAUAAGCGGGCACUGCAAACAAUGGCGGCAGGAGUGUUUCUCAUCUACAUGACGCUGGUCCUCUACCAGAACGUCUACGGUUACGAUGGUGGUGACGGUUCCGAGCCGGAUCGUGUCGCUGCUGGUGACAAUUUACAGGAUCUUCAACCGUUCGGUGCUAUGAUGGCGCUUGGUGGUGGAGUUGGUGGUGUUAUUGGUGGUAGUGGUGGUGGAGGUGGUUUUCCCACCCCAGCCACUGGCAUACCGUUGGAUCUCGUUGACGCGAGUGUAGUGAUAGCGAAGCGCGAUAACUCUGCACCGUUCGCGCGUGCAGACAGUGAUAAUAAGCUACUAGUGCGUGCGGAUGCGAAUAAAUUAGUGACCGGUCCCGGUGAUGAUCCACGGCGUCGGACACUCGAUGGGCCGCACCGGAUACCGCCACCACCGGCAGUCACCGGCACACCCAAACCACCCACCACCGAGCUGGACGAUCUGCUAAUCAGUGUGAAAACGACCAAAAGCUACCACGACACGCGGCUCGAGAUGAUCAUCAAGACGUGGUACCAGCUGGCCAAGGAACAGACGUGGUUUUUCACUGACACCGACGAUCCACACUACCAAAAAUUGACCAACAACCACAUGGUCAACACGAACUGCUCCCAGGGCCACUUUCGGAAGGCGCUCUGCUGCAAGAUGGGCAAGGAGUUUGAGUUUUUCCUCGACAGUGCCAAAAAAUGGUGGUGCCACUUUGACGACGAUAACUACGUGAACGUUCCACGGCUGGUGCGCAUGCUGGACGAUUACAAUCCAACGCAAGAUUGGUACCUCGGCAAGCCAAGCAUAUCGUCCCCGCUCGAGAUCUUUCUCGAUAAUACCAAAACCUCGACGGAAGUGAACAAGAAGGUAACGUUCUGGUUCGCAACCGGUGGUGCCGGGUUUUGCGUGAGCCGUGCCCUGGCGCUGAAGAUGAUGCCGAUCGCUGCCAGCGGGAAGUUCGUUGCAAUCGGAGACAAGAUCCGCUUUCCGGACGACGUUACGAUGGGCUUCCUGAUCGAGCACAUCCUGAAGGUGCCACUAACCGUGAUCGAUGCGUUCCACUCGCAUCUCGAACCGAUGGAGUUUAUCCGGCCGGAAACGUUCCACGAUCAGGUGUCGUUUAGCUAUGCCCGCAUGCGCAACGAGUGGAACGUGGUAAAGGUGGACGGUGGCUUCGAUCAGAAGACGGACCCGAAACGGAUAUACUCGCUGCACUGCUAUCUCUAUCCGUUCUUCAGCAUCUGUCCCAAGUCGAUACGACGACGAUGAUGAUGAUGUGUUGGGGGAUCUCGG